CCAUGUUCCAGUCCUCCAUGGUGUCUCUUCUCCCUCCAGCUCCCUCCAUCCCCUCCCAUGGAUCUCACUCACAGACAAUGCGGCAGUGAAAGAGCCAGGAGAUAUUGGGGCUGCGUUCCAUCUGAGGCAGAGCAGAAAGGGGGCCCAUCAGGAAGGCUGGGGCUCACCCCACAUCCCCAACCCAGCCUUCACUGCACAAGCCUACCCACCAAGCCACUCCUUGGCUCCCAUCUGCUUCAGAGAACCCUCUGACCCAACUCACAAAGUCCACACGGUCCUCAGCCAGCCAGUGGAAACACUUGAGGAAGAGAAGAAGAGUGAAGAGUGCAACAAAGCGGGGGCUGAAGUCGUCCCGAAAGACAGUGAAGGCCAGACAAGUCUCAGUGACAGCAUACCAGGAACGUUCCAGAAGGUGCUGGGGGGUGAAUAAGGAAUGAUGAGGAACACAAGACAUUCUGCUUGCCCAGCCCCCUGCCCCUCACUUUUGGAGUCAUGAACAUCUUACCUCCAUCUCUGCUGCCCUCAGCUGUCCAAAGAACACUUUGCCCAUCACUUUGCCCAAGAGAAAGACAAGUACAAAGGCCUGGAUGUAGAGGACCUAGGAGUGAGAAGAGACUAUGGUUUGAGGUCACUUUCUGCUCUGCUAUGUCUGGGGUUCAUCACCCGGGAACCUCCCUAUGUCCCCAUCACAAUUAGUUCAAAAUACGACAGCUAGCAGCUUCUUCACUUCUAGUCUACUUACCUGACCUCUAGCUCCGCCCCUGCCUCAAGCAAACGCCUCCUCCCCUCCCAGGGCGUUCCUCCCACCCUGAGCCCUGUCUGUACUCACUGCCAUGCUGGGGCUGGACUUGGUCAAGUACACCACAGUGGGGUAGAACUGGUGCUUGAGGUAGUAGGCAUGAGCCACUACGGCCCCGGUCAGAGCCAGGCUGGCCGCCAUCAUCACUGCGGUGCGGAACAUCGCCCCGGCCUGGAGACCUGCUUGGGGAGAGCGAAGGAAUAACCCGGGUGAUGCGUGCACCGUGCAGACGGAGCACAGCGCCCGAAACGCAGUGUCAUUACACAGGAGGGGGAAAAAAAAAGACUCGCCUCACCUCACCCUCAUAAUCAAGAAUAGCAAGACGUCAAGAAUAGCGUACGCUCCCCCAUUUUACAAAUAAGAAAAUGGAGACUCAAAGGGGUUAAGCGAUCGCAAUGACGCAAAGCCUGGAGCCCGGAUCAGUCUUGUUUCAAAUCUAGGGCUUUCCAUGCCGCCGCCUCUAGGGAGCUACGAGGAGAGGCAACCGUGCUGGAGGAAGGGGAACCACUACCACAGCCUCUUAAAAGGUGAUGCGGAGGAUGCACACGCAGAAACCUCCGGAAGCAGGAACGUGCCGCCUGGACUAGGAGAAGCUGGGCGCUGGGGGGCGCUGGGGGGCGCAGCCGGGCAGGCGACAGCGACGGUGACAGCUCGGCCAGGGUGGGCAGCUGCGACACGCGCCCCGCGGGAGCGGGCGGGGUACGUCAGUCUGGAUCCCUGGCGUCCCCCAACCCCCGGGGCAGGGUCCACUCGGGGGCAGCGGAGAAACGGACGAUCUCCGCGAUGCACGGCGGCAGGGAGAGGGACCCGGGUCGUCCCCGCACCUGUGAUGGCCAGGAGCUGCGACUGUCGCAGGCGGGGCCCGGCCUCUGGAGAGCAGCCGCGCGGGCACCCGCGGUCGACGGACAACUGACAAGCCGCGAGCCGGGCUGAGGGGGCGCGCCGACCCCGGAGCCCUCAAGGGGAGGACCCAGGUCCCGACUCCAACCACUACCCGGGCCCGACCCCGACCCCGACCUCGUUCGACUCACCAGGAGCCCACCGCAGCGAGCCAGCUCGAUCCCCGAGACUGCGGAGGCGACUUCGGUUAACGACACUCCCCACCCCCUGCGAGCCGGAACUUCGGGGGUGAGACACCUCACUUCCGGCGGGGCGCCGUGUGGACCGUACCAAGUGCAUCCUUCCUUCGGCCGCACCACGCACCCUCCGUGGCGCCGGGAGCGUAGUCCCACCACCGUAUCCAGGCGUCGUGCCCACUGCCGGAGCAGGAGAUGCGAGAGGCGGUCAGAGUGGAAUAGGGCAGCGAGGGAGGUAGUUGGGGUCCCCCCGCGCAUUCGCCCCGGAUGGUAUCGUCUCGGUCUCCGAGGCGACUCAACCCAGCGAAGGACUCCGGCUCCCCCGCGGGGAGGAAGGCGGGACCUGUGCGGCCCGUACCACUUGGAGGGGGGCGCGUGCAAGGGCCAGACGCCACAGGCUUAACAGAAAUUAGAUGUUUUAGAGUCUCAUUCCAGGAUAUUUCACAACGAAUUAACAAAUAAAUUCGGAAAAGAAAAAUUUGCUCCUCCACGAUCACCCCCAAAUUGUGUGGGAGUGUGUUGGGUCCCCGUGGCUGCUACUAAUUGGCCGAAUAGAGUUACGCGGACCAAUAAAAAAGGGAAAUUUGCCGGCCAACGGAAAGGGAGAAGCAGACAUUGACUCUCCUGUUGCUCUUGGCCACACAUCCCCUACUGAUGCAGUGGGCCCUAUGGGGUACACUUCACUGGGCCCAGCAAGAUGCACUUUAUGCAUUCAUUGAGAUGGUGCAAAUUUUCUCCUCUCAUCUACUAAAGGGAGAGGCACCAGGAGUUGGGGAGAGACGGAGGGAAGAGAGAGAAUCCUAAGCAGUCUCCAUGCGGGGCUCAAUCUCAUGACUCUGAGAUCAUGACCCAGGUUGGAAUGAAGAGUUGGAUGCAAACCGACUGAGACACCCAGGCUCCAUACUUUUUAAAGCGACAUCUGUUUUGAGGUUCCUGGAUCCUAAACAAACACAGACACUGCCAAUGACCCUGCCCCACCAAGGCCCUGGUGGUGAAUCCGGUGAAUCCGGUGAAUCGGGCCCAGGGCUCGUUUCCGGCCCGCAACCUUGGCUCCACCUUUGUGAGGAAGUGGGGAGGGGCCCGGGCGGUGUCAUCAUUCAGGCCCUGGGGUCCCUCCGGCCUGCUUUAUCCCUCUUGCAGAUGAUGCAGCUUUGGAGAAGCUCCUACCUGGGGGAGCGGAGAGGGCGCAAAGCCCCACCCCCUUCCCGGAAAGGGCGCUGAUUGGUGAAGGGCGAGGGGGCGGGGCAGCGCCAUGGCUAUAUAAGCGCAGUCCCUCCAGCGCGGGGGAGUUGCGCUGUAGGUCGUCCCCUAGCUCAGGUAAGACACUUUGGAGGAGGGUGGGCGUCUGUGGGAGCGUAGGUGGAGGCCCCCAGGUUGGCCGCAGGAUGCUGAGCAGCAACUUCUGAGCCCCGUAGUUGGCAUCUCUUCCCGUAGCUUGCAAAGGGUAAGGUGGCCCCACCUAACCUUACUCUAAAUCCGGCAUUUGUCUAAUAACAUCCCCACUCUGGGCCUCAGCUUCCUCUCCAUGAAGGAGGGUUGGUGGUCCUUCCAAGUAUGCCGCUUGGGUGUGGGGUGAGGGGGUAUUUGGGAGUUGGGGGGCAAGAGGAGCAAUUAAACUCUGGCUCUUGGAGGUCAGGCAGGCCCAACCUUUAAGUGGCCGUGAGACUGACACGCUUCAGCUUCGGGGUUUGCAAAAUGAGUAUUGGCCUAUACCCACCUACCCGGAUGAAGUGAGAUAAUGCCCUCAAAGAAUUGAGCACAGCUCCAGGCACUUAGGAAGCCCUCAGUGGUGGCUGUUGCUGCUAUGCUUACUCUCCAGCUUGGCCUGGGGCCCCAGGAUGGGGUGGGGGGAGCUGCAGCCUCCAGGAAUUCUGCUGCUUCUCUGGUCUCCUCACCCCACACGUAUGCCCAUUUCUAGUCUGCUCCGAGCACUGCACUCCCACCCUCCCAAGUCUCCAUGCUCAUCUCACCACUUCCUGGAGGUCUUUUGUCAGGCCAGCCUCAAAAACCCCCUUGAUUUGUGGGGAGCGAGGGGGUAGGUGCUAAUCCUGAGGCUACUUUCUCUACAGGCCAUCCUGCCCCACCCCACCCGUCCCCAUCCCCUAGGAGAUGAGUGACGCUCAAGACUUUGCCACUUUCCCAGUGGUUGCCACCCAGGUGAAGCUGGGGGGCUGGAGCCAUCAACGUGGGGGUAGUGGGUCUGUUCAUCCACGCCGGCACCAGGAGCUCCAGGCUUUUCUCAACCUUCUGGAGCACAGUUUCCUCCAGGAAUUCCUUUCCAGAGAUCCCUGUUUCCAGAUUUCGGAUAAGUAUCUCCUGGCCAUGGUGCUGGUCUACUUUCGGCGUGCCAACCUGAAGCUCAGCGAGUACACCCAUAGCAACUUGUUCUUGGCCCUGUUUCUUGCAAACGACAUGGAGGAGGAUCUUGAGGACCCUAAAUGUGUGAUUUUCCUGUGGGCCCUGGGAAAAGAUUGGCGUUGUCGGGUAGCAGACUUCCUACAUCAAAGGGAUAAGCUGUGGGCCCGGAUGGGCUUCCGGGCCAUGGUCAUGGCCAAGGAGCCGUCCCACUGGGCCUGGACUCGAGAGCGGCGUCCCCACCACGGUGGGGCUCAGAGGGGCUGCACAAAACCCCGAGUUGCCCUCCCCGGGGGCCCCGGCCUCUCACCACCUGCCUGUUCCCUCUGUAGUUUGCCCUCUUCCCCCAGCCACUGCAGCCACCAGCCCCACCCCUUGCCUGUCUUGUUCAAGUGUCCUUCCCCAAACCCUGAGCGACACUGCCCUGACCCGCAAGCUUGUCUUUCGGUGGCUGGAGACCCCUUGGGGGGGGGCUUCCUCAUCAUCCUGCCCCCCCAACUGCAACUAGAGCCAGGCACCUACACUCUCUAUAUCCUCCCGAAGCCUCCACCAUGCCCUGGGCACUGACAUGUGCAGAGUGAAGAGCAGCCCACCUCCUUGCCUGCUGACCUAAGCCCCACUGGCUGUGGCCCCCUGGCCUUCUGUCUUAUUGGCUUCAGGCUGGCAGUGCUGCCCAGGUCCCCUGUCACCUCCUCCCAACUGUAUGCACUCUGACCCUGGCCCCUCUAAUAAACUCGUGUCUAUAGGACACCAACUGUGCUUAGGCCCUGGCCUGGCUCCUUGACCCAGGGUCGGGGUAGGGAC